GGGUUACCCUUGAAGAAACCCCAAAUUUCGAUCGACUACAGCCUCAUAAGCUUGGAUAAGCUAGCUAGUCGAGCCUUUCAAGAUUUGUUUCAGUCGAUAGUGAAGGCUCGGAUCUCCCUGCCGCCCCCCAUCACGCAAUGAUGCAGUCUUUCAAGAUCACGAUGGCGAAUAACGCCACGAUGUCUGGCAUCCGCUCUUUCCCGGUAGCCGCGACCGCGACCGCUCGUCAUGUUCCACUGAUCGUCGGCCUCCACGGGGGGACAUACAAUUGCCAAUAUUUCAACGCAACUCCACGAUUCUCUGCGUCCGCAACCAGUGCUUCACUAGGUGUUCCGUUCAUCGCGAUCGACCGACCUGGUUACGGAGACACCAGCUCUUUCCCUCCGCUCCCUGAGGGAUCCAACUUCUUCGUGGAGACUGGCUCCUGGCUUCAUCAUCACAUUCUGCCCGCCCUCUGGUCUGAGUUCGGGAUCCCCUUGGGCUGCACGUGCAUCGUGCUGCUGUGCCACAGCUUCGGCUCGAUGGGGGGCAUUGUCGCCGCGGCGAAGCACGGCCAAGACCCGGCACCAGCUUACCCUUUGGGAGGCUUGAUCCUCUCCGGGAUAGGAGACGCACAAUCCGAAGCCAUGCAAAACCGGCCGCCUCCGCAGCCGACGGCCGAUACCGGCGGCGUCCUCUUCCCGCUGCAGUUCAAGGAUCAAGUCAUGUUCCUUCCGGGAACCGUCGACAACGAGGUGUUGGAGCACAGUGCGCGCCUCAACGCGCUCUCUCCGCCUGCGGAAAUGCAACAGUUCCCGGGGAAUUGGCUUCCGGUAUGGAAACAGGACUGGGCGAUCCAUGUCCGAGCGCCGGUCAUGUUUGCGCUGGUGCAGAAUGACGUGUUCUUCAAGGCGACCGAGGAGGAAGUCAAAACCUGCACCCAGGCAUUCAGGACCAGUUCGCGCGUUGAUGGGAGUUUGAUCAAGGGCGCCCCUCAUUGCAUGGAAUUGAGCUAUUGGUCACAGGGGUGGUAUGCUCGGUGCUUUGGGUUUGCGUUGGAGUGUGCUACCAGUUUUGCUCUUGCUGCAUAGGGUAUUGUACCUAUAAGAGGCAGGGUUGAGUUGUAUUUAUCAAACUAUCCGUGCCGAAGGGAUUUUUCUUCUAUUGACUUUUUAUUUUUGUGUGGAU